CGACGUACACACGCGUUUUGUUAUUUUGCGCGAUUAAUUAAUGGCAAAAAUUAGAAAAAAAUUUAAUAACGAGACGAAAUAACGAAAACACCAGCGGCCGAGCAAGUGUGCGUACGUGUGCGUGCGAGAGUGUGUGUUAGUGCUGUGUCUGUGUGGGCGUUUAUAAAUAAAACGCUGCGAAGCUGUGUGCGAAAAGCAGACGCGGAUAAAGAAGUAAAAGAAUGAGCGCAACCAAAAACAAGAGCGAAGGAAAGAAAGAAAGUGUUUUUUAUUGAAAUUCGUUGAAAAGUUUUGAAUUUACUUAAACCGAAAGGCGAAAGUGCAACAGAGCUAAAGAGAGAGCGAUAAAUAGCGAGCUAUCCUAUCCGAAACCGAUCUGAAUCAGAAUCUGAAUCCGAAUCCGAUUUAUCAACCUGUUAAGCGAAGUGGAGCCACAAACCGAGUGCUUAAAUGGAUGCAACAUCAAUAAUAACGCAAGUUUCCCGCGACGACGAGCAACUGAACGUCUAUCCCAGCUAUCCCAAUGACAAAGAUGAUGUGGAUCGUUUAAAGCCACAGAAGCGAGGAUUAUUCCAAUCUCUGCUUUGCUGCUGGCGACGAAACCGAACGAAAACCAACCAGAAUGGCACACAAAUCGAUGGUUCAACAACACCGCCACCACUACCGGACCAACAAAGGUACCUACUACCUCAGGUUAGGCUUACCGAUAUGCACAGAAAGUGCAUGGUGAUCGAUUUGGAUGAGACCCUAGUGCACAGUAGUUUUAAGCCCAUACCGAAUGCUGAUUUCAUAGUUCCCGUGGAGAUCGAUGGAACCGUACAUCAGGUAUACGUUCUGAAGCGACCGCACGUGGACGAGUUUCUGCAGAAGAUGGGCGAACUCUACGAGUGCGUUCUGUUUACAGCAUCACUAGCCAAAUAUGCAGAUCCCGUCGCCGAUCUGCUAGACAAGUGGAAUGUGUUUCGUGCAAGACUGUUUAGGGAAUCAUGCGUUUAUUACAGGGGUAAUUACAUAAAGGAUCUGAAUCGUCUGGGGCGGGAUCUUCAAAAGAUCGUCAUUGUCGAUAAUUCACCGGCCAGUUAUAUCUUUCACCCAGACAAUGCAGUUCCUGUGAAAUCCUGGUUUGACGAUGUUACCGACUGCGAACUGCGCGAACUGAUCCCACUCUUUGAGAAGCUUAGCAAAGUUGACUCCGUCUACUCGGUGCUCUGCAAUUCGAACCAGCCGCUGAACAAUCAGUCCAACCAGCAGCAUCCACAGGAGCUGCAGCAGGCGCCGAACCAGCUGCAUCAGCAGCAGCAACAGCAACAGACCAUCUCUGCCACGACAGUUAUUACCCAGGCAACCACUCUGUCUGCUCCGACCAUGUUGAACCAGCAGCAGACAAGUCCGCCCAGCCAACAAAGCGAGUUGCUGCAAAAGACGUAACAUCAGUGGGAACUAAUGUUUAUAAAUAUAUGAUAAAUUGUAUACAUAUUACAAGACCAAGCAAGCCGACAAGCAAGCAAACAAAACAUCCCUUUCCCAAACCGUUCACUCAUUACCCCAGGACGACUGAGAAUGGGGCGACGAGAUGAAAACAACUACCAUUUGCUAUCAACUAUAAUCCCCAGCUCGACAGCUAGGCCUAAGCAUAAGUUUUAUAUGAUAUACAUAAUUUUUACAGAACCCAAUUUACACGGCACAUUUGUUAUUUAUUCUUGUUUUGCUCUACCAAUUAUAAUAAUUAUUAUUUUUUUGUGUUUUUUUAAUUAACUGCUAAUUGCUUACUGCGUUUUGCUGUACCCCAACUAAAGGGUAUAUUAAAUCCAAGCAUAAGCCUCUAUUUUACCCAAUAAUCAUAACUCUGUAAGCGUAUUUAAUGGUAAACCAACUGAGCAGGCAAAAGAUUUAAAUGCAUAAAACAAAAAUGAUAACUAUACAUAUGAACAGAGAGAUAAAAUCAAAUUCAAAUAGCUAUAUUUAUAUAUAUUUUUUAUUAAAAAAAAAGAAAACAAAAAGAAAUAAGAGUUAAAUGGGGAGAAGAAAAAAAGAAAACUAAAAACCAUAUAUAUAAUACGUGUACUAAAACAAAUUUAUAUAUACAUACAUACAUGGAUAUAUAUUUAAGGCAUGUGUCUACACAUGUUUCUAGCACUUAGGCAUGUAUAAUAUUUCGUAUAUUUAUUAAAGAAUUAAGCUUAAGCGUGGUCUCCCAUUCACGCUUGAUCGUUGGCACUGGUAAAUUUUAAAGUUGGCAUAUGGGGUUUGUCCCAUAAAUGGCUUCAUCGUAUCACAUUCUGGUUUCCUGAAUCGUCUCUCAGUCUUGAGUGGUGAGGCCGCGCUUAAAAGAGCUAAGUUGCAUUGCAAGAGGGUAAAAAUGGGCUAUCUGUAAGCCACUUUGUAAAGCAUCUAAAAGUCUGCGGCGCGUCCGUAGUUAAUAUAUAAAGAACCGCUUCGGCUGCGCUUGGCGGUGGUCCAAAAUCGGGAGUUUCCUUUCGAUCCUGUUCUGUACACACAUUCAAUUCAAUCUGGCAUAACGAAUACCGCACUGUCCUAGCGCAAAUUCUAAUUGCCGUCUUUGGAACUCGGCCAAGCGCAGUCGUAAAACAUUGUAUUAGGCUUAAAGGAAAAUUAUACAUUUAUAUAUUUUAACCGAUUUAUGUUUAUUGCCCCUCUUAUCAAGUGCGCUUAUGAAACGCAUUGCAAUAUAUAUUUACUCCUAA